CCUGCAGUAACGAAGGCGAUUUUUACUUAAAAGAGAAACGGCGGUGGGCAUCUUAACAAGUACUUCUCCGUCCCCCUUUCCCCGCCACGGUAGCCUGAACGAGUGACUACAAGGGGCGCAGACUCAUACGGGAUCGGGGUGGGCGGGGAACACAGAAGGGGGAAUUAUCUCCCCACCUUCCAUUCCUAGGGAUCCCCAUGGCUGCUUCCUUGGGUUCCCAGAGGCAGAAACGAAGGGAACUGGAUGCCCGCCGAAGUAAAUGCAGAAUCAGGCUAGGUGGCCACAUGGAACAAUGGUGUCUUCUCAAGAAGCAGCUUGGUUUCUCUCUGCACUCUCAGCUUGCCAAGUUCCUGCUUGAUAGGUACAAUUCUCCAGGCUGUGUGCUCUGUGCAGGCCCUGAGCCAUCUCCCCCAGAGGGUCUCCAAUAUCUGGUAUUUUUGUCCCAUGCCCAUAGCCGUGAAUGCAGCCUGGUACCAGGGCUUCGGGGACCAGGAAGCACAGAUGGGGGGCUUAUAUGGGAGUGUUCAGCUGGCCAUACCUUUUCCUGGGAUCCCUCCUCUGGCCCUGCACCCCCAGGAUCCAGUCCUGACAUCCAAAGCUCGGCCCUAAGGAACUUGUGGACCAAAUCAGGGAGCUGGCAAGAGCAUGAAGCCCAGGUAACUGAGCACUAUGAUGGGACCCAAGAAUCUGGGAUGCCCAGGGGGGUGGUACCCCUUCCUGAGACUUCUCUGCCCCAUGGAGAAGAUGAAGAUGAAGCAGAGGAAGAAGUGAAUGAUGAAGAUGAUAACCUCAGUGAUGUCAGCCCUUGGACCUACAGCCCCUCUCCAGAUUGUAAUGAACUAGGUACCUCUAGUCCUCUUCCACCUUACCUUCCUCCACUCAAAGAAGAAGAAGAAACAACACCUCCACUCUCAAGCUCUCCCGCUGCCGAUUCAUCAGAAACUGGAACACCCCAUCCUGAAGAAGACAGAGUACAGUCUGAGCUAGACAAAAUACCCCAGAGGGGCCAAGGGAGCAAGACCCGAUCCAGCAGAAGGCAACGACAAAGACCUUCUCCCGUGCCUCUGGAUGAGGACAUAGCACAGAUCGGUCCCAAGAGGAUCAGAAAGACUGCUAAAAGAGAGCUCCUUCCUUGUGAUUUUCCUGGCUGUGGGAAGAUCUUCUCCAACCGGCAAUACCUGAAUCACCAUAAAAAAUACCAGCAUAUCCACCAGAAAUCCUUCUCCUGCCCAGAACCAAACUGUGGAAAGUCCUUCAAUUUUAAGAAGCAUCUGAAGGAACAUGUGAAACUGCAUAGUGAUACUAGAGACUACAUUUGUGAAUUCUGUGCCCGUUCCUUUAGAACUAGUAGCAACCUCAUCAUUCACCGCCGUAUCCAUACCGGGGAAAAACCAUUACAGUGUGAGAUUUGUGGCUUUACCUGCCGCCAGAAAGCCUCUCUGAAUUGGCAUCGACGCAAGCAUGAGGAGGCAGCAGCAGCUUUCCAAUAUCCCUGUGAGUUCUGUGGCAAAAAAUUUGAGAAGCCUGACAAUGUCAUUGCCCACUGCAGCAAGAGCCAUCCUACCCCUCGCCCUGGCUCAAGCCCCACCCAGUCAGAGCCCCAUUUUUUACUCACUACAUCUAGUUCUACUUCUCCUGUUUUGGAAUCUAGACUUUCAUGUGAGUCUCAGAAAUCACCUACCUUGGAUUCUAGCUCUUCCUCACAGAUCCAGAGGAAUCAGACAAGGUGUUGAGGCAAAGCAGAAAAUAGCAUGGGGAAAGAUAGGAAGUCUUACAGUGACAGUAUAUUCAGGUGUCAAUCCCACCUUUAAAAGGAGCCAGAGAACUGGAUUGCCUUGCUUCCUACUGCUGAGAAUGCAAUAAAGUGAUUAUUUUACAUAUAUA